GCUGUUGCAGUUUUGGCGGUUUCGGUUUCCGAAGUACGCUGGAGCUGGUACUGUCUGAAGUUUUUUGUGACCGAUUUUAAUGAUGAUUUUUGUUUUGUGUUUUUUAUUGGCUCAUAGGGCUUCAUAAUAUACGUACAGAGUCAGUAUGAAGCUUAUAACAAAGGCAUUUCUCAUCUUUGCUGUGUGUUUUGUUGCGCUAGUUGUGAUGGCAGUGCACUUCACGAACUUCCAACAUGAACACAUGCAGAAGCCAAAGUCUGUGCUAGUUGUCAAGCCAAACUCAAGAAGAACAGGGCAGUUCCCUGGCGCAAGCAAAAGGCCGCAGAAUCUGGUCAACGUUGCGUUGCUUGCGCAACGUUUGAUUGAUAGAAAGUUGAAAAGCUUGAACUUCACUACAUACAGGAAUGAAAGACACCGCAUGUUGGUCGAUGCCCUUGCUACGGACUCAGUUCCACGGAAAGAAUUGAACGGAAGUCCGUGGUCUGUUGCUGCAAGAUGGGUCACUCCACGUGAAGUGCUUCCGAAUUCUGCUCCGGAAUUAGGUGCUGUGAUGUCUGCUAUGUGCAAUACACCGUUUAUGAAGGCUGAUGUUGGCCUUCGCGGUACUCAGCUCAAACUACAGCUGCUGCUUGACGGUGGCCAGUAUGCUAUUUUCAAGCCCAAGAAGUACGAGCGGCAUCAGGUUAUUGAAGGUUCCCCUUUUGCUGGAGCAGAUCGGCACAAUGGAGAAAUCGCUGCUUUCCAUCUCAGCAGACUUCUUGCUCUGCGAAGAACUCCUAUAGCCGUUGGGAGGAAAUUAAAUUUGCAGAGAGAGAUCUUACCUGUAGCAACUCAAGUUUUAGCAGAAACGUUCUUCAAGCAGGGGAACAAGACUUGCUUCUAUGGGCGAUGCCAUUAUUGCUCACCAAAGUAUGCUGCUUGUGCUGAGGGUGGAGAAAUGGAAGGAGUUCUUAUCCUUUGGCUUCCUAGACGUUACAUAUUAAAGUUGCAUCGCAGUCCAUGGCAGAGGACAUAUAAGAAAGGCACUCUAGCUGUGUGGGAACUGGAUCUCAACUACUGCAGCGUCGUUCGAGAGUCUGACAUCUACAAGAAUGGUUCUAGGCUUUUGGAUCUAGUAGAUGCCGCUGUAUUUGAUUAUCUGAUUGGGAAUGCAGAUCGACACCACUACGAAACAUUUGCUGAGUACCCGGGAUCCAUGGUACUUCUACUAGAUAAUGGGAAAAGCUUUGGAAAUCCACAUUGGGAUGAGUUGACUAUAUUGGCUCCACUGUAUCAAUGCUGCAGAAUAAGAAAAUCGACCUUUAUGAGGCUGAAGAUGUUUGUGAAUGUCCUAGGCACAUCACUGAACCAACUUCUGUCUACUGACCCUCUAUUUCCUAUUCUCACGCAACCACAUUUGGAGGCAUUGGACAGGCGCCUCAAGACUGUGAUUGCUGCAGUUCAUGUGUGCAUUGACAAACAUGGUCAUAGUGUGUUCGCCUCAUCGUAGCAUGCCAGAUUUGUGCGAAACAACCUGAUCAACACUGACUAGCAAGAAAGGGGGGCGGGAGGGUUAGGGGGUCCAGCCCCUCCCCCAAAUUGUACCUUUGGUAGUGCAUUUGGGAGAAGGAAACGAGGGGGAAAUCCUCCUCCCCAUGUAAGGCCCCCACAGAACCCCAGUGGCAGUGUCCAGGACACGUGUGAUUUCUUUUAGAAAGUCCCCCGUUCAGUCCCAUACUUGCGUCACCAAAAAGCUCAGUGUGCAACGAGCUCUGGAGCAACUAGUAUUUUAUAGUUUUAUGAAUUUACAUGUUGUGUAUGUACAAUCAUUAAGUAGUGGAUACCUUUUCUAUUUUUGAGACGGGUUGUGGCAGUUUUCCACAGGUUAUGUUGGACACAUGUAAAAGAAGGUCACUUGCAUCAGUGUGAAUCAAUGUGUUUUACUGCAGAAGGGGGUAAUAAACACGUAGAAACUUGUGAAUCGCGGCACCGCGAAUAGCCGUAUGCUGAAACCUGGCUAUGACAUCUUGCCAGGCAUGUCCGCCAGUGAGCCUAUUGCGGAAGAAGUAAUGUGCUUAGGAAAGCCAAUAGAAAUGGUCAAGGCUCUGAUGUUUGUGCAAGUCAUUGCAUCACGCUAAAUAUGACACGUAACAAAUAGUGAUUUUUUUAUGUAUUCAUAAAAAUUUUUUUUCAUUAGUACUCUGGCGUACAGUACAGUGCUGGCAUGAUGCAAUGAACAACUUCUGUCAACGUGUCACAACCCCUUUAAGUCUUCGUGGCACUAGUCAUUAUUAUGUUACACACAUUUUAAUGUGUCUGGUCUGCAGAUUAUGCUGUGUUGUGUUUGACGAUGUACACAGUGACUAGUCUCAGGGUAAGUGGUACGGUAUUAUGUAUUUAAACUUAGGAUUUGAUGUAGUAUAAUUCAGGGCCUUUUUUUUGUCUUCACCUAUUUUCUAUCGUUUUUUUUUACUUUAUACUUAAUACAAUGUGACCAGUGGCUUAUGGACUGAGACCUUUUCCUCUUGUCAUUCCACUAAUCGUGCCAUUUACAAUUUUGCUGCCAAAUUGUUAGAGGUCUACAUGAUGUCUAUGUUCCACGUGACCUUUUAUAGCACUUACCUGUGCCAUUAAAAAUUUAUCUGCAAUAA